AGUCAAUAGACGAACUCAUAAAACGAAUUAAUUAUAGCAAGUAGUAGUAAAAUGAAGAAAACAACCACUUGAUAGAGUUGCUUUCCUCCAUUAUUGUUGAGCAUUAAUUUUGUCUUAUCUCUCUCUCUCUCUCUCUUCUGUUGAGGUUUUCUUCGGGCGAAACGAAGAUCAAAGAUUCCUUCAAAAAAUCAAUUUCUUUUCUGAAACCCAAUUGAAAAAUCUCUGAUCGAUCGAGAAAAAAAGAAGGUAAAUAGAAAGAUCAAUUAUGAGUGAAGGGAAAAAGGGCACCCGUUACAACCAACAACCACCGCCGCCGCCGUAUGGAACUUUCCAGGGUGUAGUCAACCACCCUCCCCCGACGGCCAUAGGCUUCCCUCAACCCGUUCCACCGCCUGGAAUUUCCGGUGGUCCCCACCCUCCGCCGCCUCAGUUUUACGCUCAUGGUUAUCAAACUGUUCCAGGUUAUGCUGUUGCAGAAGGAAGACCCGUAAGGGAGGCCCGCCUUCCUUGUUGUGGUAUCGGCUUUGGCUGGUUCUUGUUCAUUAUUGGAUUCUUUACUGUUGGAAUUCCAUGGUAUCUCGCAGCGCUGCUUCUCGUUUGCUCCAGACUUGACCCUCGUGAGAAACCGGGAUAUGUUGCUAGCACAAUUGCUGCGGUUAUUGCUACAAUUGCUGUCAUCUUCGGGGUGACAAGUAUGGACAAUUGACUCAACUGCACUCGACCGAGUCACGCGCUGUGAAAAAAGCUACUUUGGUUGUAUAUUUGUAUUGAACGAAUCUUCUCUCUCUCUCUCUAUACGUUUGAUGUGGGUAUCGACUGUAUAUUCAAGGCCCGUGCGGGCCCUGUAAUGUUGGAGGUAAAUUCAGUAUUUUGUUUUCUUUAUUGUGUGUUGUGAACCCGGAAACAUUAUGUACUCGGGUACUUGUGAAUUGGGAGAAGUGAAAAAAAAAACCCGAAACCCGUACUUUCAUGCAUAUAUAGUAUGAAAAAUAGUAAAUUUUUAUUUGAUGAGCUUCUA